AUGAAGAACCCUAUUAAAUUAUUCUAUACACUCAAAUAUAUUGAGAAGUAUGAAAGUUACAUCAAGUCAAAGAGAGUUUUUCUUGCAAUUUGUCUAAUUCUUACCAACUUGCUCGGAGGUUUAUUAUAUGGCUAUGCUUUAGGAACGAUUGGAGGUGCUUUUAUUAGUGCCUCACAAGCAUUCUUCCCUUCCAAUACGUCUUCAUCCCCAGUAACCACAAACACCAGCUCCUCCUCACUCAGCACUUUUGAAUUGCUUUCCCUUAAUAAUUCAUUAAGAAGAGAGGAUUCUUAUGGCUAUAACAAUGAUUGGAUAUCUAAGGGACAAUGGACAAAUCUUGAAUGUUUACUCUCUGUUGCAACAUAUGCAAUGAGCCUGGGUAAAAUGGUUGAUUAUCAUCAUUUUGGUCAUUGUAUGCAAAUCAAGACCACAUCCUUAUACGAUUCCAGAGAUUUGAGCUCUAACAACUCUCUGAACGGAAAUGCAACCAAAACUGCAACUAAUAGUUCAUUCAAUCUUGAUACAACUAUAUUACAGGGAUUGUUUGCUAGUAGUAUCUUUAUUGGUGGAUUGUUUGGAUGUUUGUUUGCCAUGUUUACAGGAUCUGUACUCGGUAGAAAGUUAUCCAUCAUUCUCAGUUGUUUAAUUUCAAUUAUUGGAUCAAUUGGAGCUGCUGCAUCAUAUCAAUAUUCUACAUUGAUUGUCUUUAGAUGCAUUUUGGGUUUGGAAGGGGGAUCCUCACUGCAAUCUACUUCAUCAAGAAGGAAUACAACAACAGGAAGAUCAUCCUCUCCUUCAUCGUCCUCUUCGUCAUCGUCAUCUUCAACAUCAGUCAGAAGAGAUUAUAAACCACUCACCCUUUUGGAACCACCAGUUGCUUUAUCACACUCCGAAGAAGAAUCAAAUGAUUUUAUUCAUCAUAGGGAGGAAGAGAAUAAGAAUCAACACUUUUUCAGUUUCCACUUGGAACCAGAGUUGGUGAGAGGAUUACAAGAAAAUAAUAUUACCACACCAUCAAGUAUUCAAGAAUUGGCAAUUGCACAAUUAUUACAUAGAAGAAAUAGAAAGAAAAACUUUUGUAUUGGCGCACAAACUGGUACUGGAAAGACUCUUUCUUACUUGUUACCACUUUUGAAAAAGAUGAAACAUUUGGAAAGUGUUAAAGGAAUGGAAACUCAAAUUAAGAAACCAAAAUUUUUGAUUGUUGCACCAACAAGAGAAUUGGCAACACAAAUUCACAAAACUGCCAAAUAUUUGAGUCACUAUAUGAAAUUUAGAGCUGUUUUAUUGAGAAGUGACAUGUCAAAAGCGAGGAUGAAGAGAGAUUUGAGUUCAAAAUGUGAUCUUGUAGUUACCACUCCACAAAUUUUCUCCAAAAUGCAUGGUGAUGGUCAUGUUUACUUUUCUGAUAUUAGAUUUGUAGUUUUGGAUGAGGCAGAUACUCUGUGUGCUAAGGACUUUUUACCAGACCUCGAAAAGAUUGUCGUUCCAUGUAUUGAAAGAGGAAAAUAUGUGAAAGAGUUUGUCCAAUUUGGAUUUGUAUUUGCUACUUACAAUGCAAAUGUUGAACGAUUUUUGAAACACUAUUUUGGAGAAUCAGAAGCUGCAUCACUUGCUGAAAGUGUCACUGCUUCAGAUGAGACAACUGAACGAGUUGAAGACUCAAAGAUACUCUAUUUAAUUGAUAAGGAUAUGCACAAGACUCAAUCACAUAUCAAGCAAAGAUUUAUAACUCUUAAUGCUAAUAAUCAAGACAAGUUGAAGUAUUUAGUGGAAAGAGUAUUAAAGAUCAGAACCAAAUUACCAACCAAACAAAAAACCGAAGAAGAUUCCUCUGCAACACCAUCCAUCAAAAAUCAAGCACUAUUAGAAAGUCUUUCAGAGCUUGAUGAUAAUGAUACAUAUUUUACAAACAAGGUCCAAAUUGUUAACUUUGGUCCAAAGAUAACAAGCAACACGGAAAAAGACAAUACCAAUAGAUCAGCCCCUGAAAGAGUACUCAUUUUCUGUAAUACUGUGAAGAGUUGUAGAGCAGUCCAUCACUCCAUUACAGAAGCAGGACUUGAAGCAGCUUGUUUCCAUGGUGAAAUGAUGGCUCCAAAACAAGCUGAGGAAUUUGAUGCUUUCAGUACAGGUAGAGUAAGAGUUAUGGUUACCACUGAUAUUGCAGCUAGAGGAUUAGACUUGGUAUCUCCAGUUGACCAUGUAGUUCUCUUUGAUUUCCCUCUUAAUUCUAUUGACUAUAUGCAUAGAGUGGGAAGAACAGGAAGAAUGGGCGCUGACGGAAGAGUAACUUGCUUGCUCAAUAGAAAGAUGGAAACUGAAUUGGCAAAGGCAAUUCAAUAUGCCAUGGUAACCAAUCAACCACUCACAACCAUUAAUGUGGAGAAUGCCUCAGAAAAUCUUGAAAGAAUGAAGGGUGAACAAGCAAGAAAACGACAAUUGAGAAGAAAUUCCUACGAGAAGAGAUUUAGAAAUUCUAGAAGUGAUAAUAACAAUUAUUACCAAAAGGGUCCAAUCAGUAUUAACAAUCCAAAUAGAAUGUCCAAGCUCUCUAAUAAAAAGAAUUACUAAGCCA